ACAAUAUGCAUUCAAACACAAUAAAAGAGUCGAGAAGAGAAGAACCACAUCUUUCAUGCUCAAAAUCUAACACCAGAGAGAGAGAAACAGAACGUGAAUUCUUCAUUUUCUAGCUGAAAAUUUUGAACUAGUUCUGCUCUUCUUGGAUGGCUACUACUUCAGUUUCCGCAACUUUAUACUCAUCUUUUAACGGAAGUUGGGGCUCAUCAGUACAAGGUGAAGACCAUAGUUUGUUAAUGAAGUCAGUUCCAACACGAGUUAAAUUCGCUAAGCCAAUACGAUCGAAUCCAAUGAUGAAAAAUGUAAAUGAAGGUAAGGGUGUUUUUGCACCUAUCGUCGUUGUAACAAGGAAUAUUGUUGGAAAGAAAAGGUUCAACCAGCUUAGAGGCAAAGCCAUUGCUUUACACUCACAGGUUAUUACUGAGUUCUGCAAGUCCAUUGGAGCUGAUGCAAAACAAAGACAAGGACUUAUCCGGUUGGCGAAGAAGAACGGCGAACGACUUGGCUUCUUAGCUUAGUAAACAAAUUGUAUUUGUUUCUUUUAUCAUUCUUCUUUCUGUCAAAACUUAAUUAAGUUCCUACAAAGUAAGCUCAAAUUGUAUGCGCAUAUGCGGUCCUAGCUUGGAUUUAUUUUGUUUAUAAAUAUUAGUAAUAGUUUUUUGAUAGAACGUAGAUAUUUCUUGUAGAGC